GAGACAGAAAUAAAAUUGGAAACCCUAGCAACACAUUCCAAAUCUCGACUCAGCCUAUAAGCACCACUCACCACUGUUUAGUGGCUCAACCUGAAAUACUUCCAUAGUAAUGGAGCUCUGUACUACCUCCACUGCCCAUUCCGUCUCCACUUCUCUCCCCAAUAUCUUCACCUCAAACUCCAAACCCUAUCUUCCCACACUCAACCAACUCCAUAUCCCUCCUUCCUUCCGCCGCUGCAGCGGUGGCGGACGUCUCAUCCACUCCAGUAAGUUUGCGACAAGAGCAACGUUUGAGGAGAAGCCGAGUAGUAGUAGCAGUAGUUAUGCUGCAGGAACUACCAGUAUUACUACUGAUGAACCCGCGAGUUCAGUUGUUGAUGAACCCGCGAGUUCAGUUGUUGAUGAAACCCCGGUAACUGAGUCACCUAUAGAGGAUUCUCCUCCUCCUCCUCUUGCCGACGAUGACCAAAGUAAUGACUUCUUGGACGGCCUCAAUCUGAAGCUUGACUCUGAAGAUACCUAUUCUAUUGUGUUAUAUGGUAGUGCUGCGUUGGUUGGCCUGUGGUUUAUAUCAGCAGUUGUUAGUUCUAUUGAUUCUAUACCAGUGAUUCCCAAGCUGAUGGAAGCUGUGGGACUUGGCUACAGCUUUUGGUUCACUACCCGAUAUUUGUUGUUUAAGGAAAAUAGGGACGAAUUGGCUGCUAAAGUUGCAGAGCUUAAGAAUCAGGUCAUCGGUUCAAGUGACGAUUGAUGUGCGAGGUUCCUCGUUGUGGUGCUAUAGUAAUGGUUGAAUGAGAGUUAAUAAUGGUUGAAUGAGAGUUAGAUAUGCCUUGUCUAUAUUUAGGCUUCUCAUAUAUAUUCUGGUUUCAAAAAUGAUAAAUGAAAAUGAAACACUUUAACACAAAACUUAAUUAGCUUUUAUGCAAUACAUAAGUUUACACUGUGACUUUAUAAA